AUGGCAGACUCGGAGAAACCCAGCACUGACCACGCCGGUACGGCGAGGAGGACUGACGAAGCCGACCUCCCACCAUGGCACGGAAUGUCGGCCGGGCGAUACCUGGCGACGCGAGUGUCGAGUCUCAAGCCGCCAAUGGAGUCGGCGCCGAACCCUGUGAAGCUCCUGUUGAUGUUGGACAAGCACUGCUGGGCGUUUUUUAUGGUUGCCUUUCUUGCAUGGACUUGGGACGCAUUUGACUUCUUUACCGUCUCCCUUACAGUGACGGACCUGGCCAAGGACUUUGGCCGCACAAACACUGAUAUUACGUGGGGAAUCACCCUGGUGUUGAUGUUCCGGUCUGUUGGUUCCAUUCUGUUUGGAAUCGCUGCGGAUCGCUAUGGCCGUAAAUGGCCCUUUAUAGUCAACAACUUGUUGUUCAUUGUCCUUGAACUUGGCACAGGAUUCUGCAGCACAUACAGCCAGUUCCUGGCCUGCCGCGCCCUUUUCGGCAUUGCCAUGGGCGGUUUGUACGGCAACGCCGCCGCCACGGCGCUUGAAGAUCUGCCAGAAGAGGCUAGGGGUUUGAUGAGCGGUCUUUUGCAGCAAGGGUAUGCACUGGGAUACCUUCUCGCAACCGCCUUCGCCCGGGCGCUCGUCAACACGACACCGUACGGCUGGCGUCCACUCUUCUGGUUCGGCGCGUGCCCGCCAGCCAUCUUCAUCGCGUUCCGUCUUCUGUUGCCCGAGACCCGCAUGUACCAGCAGCAGGCUGAGAUGCGACAGGCCGCCGCGGCCAACGGAACGUCGGUGUCCAAGACGUUUGUGGCCGAGGGCAAGGUUGCGCUGCGCCGACACUGGAUGAUACUGCUGUACCUGGUCCUCCUCAUGGCCGGGUUCAACUUCAUGUCGCACGGCAGCCAGGACUUGUACCCGACCAUGCUCACGAACCAGUUCGGAUUCGGGCCCAACGACGUCACCAUCACGCAGAUCGUGGCCAACCUCGGGGCCAUCCUCGGCGGCACCACGGUCGGAUAUUGCAGUCAGAUCUUCGGCCGUCGGUUGAGCAUCAUCGUCAUGUGCAUCGUCGGCGGGGCGCUGCUGUACCCGUACACGUUUGUCGACACGCCUGCCAUUGCGGCGGCCGCCUUCUUUGAGCAGUUUUGCGUCCAGGGUGCAUGGGGCGUCAUCCCGAUUCACCUCAUGGAGCUCUCUCCCGGUGCGUUCCGGACGUUCGUGGUCGGCACCUCGUACCAGCUCGGAAACCUAGUGUCGUCGGCGAGCUCCACCAUCGAGUCGACCAUCGGGGAGCGGUUCCCGCUACCGGCCAAGCCGGGGAGCACCGAGCAUCGGUUCGAGUACGGCAAGGUCGUCUGCAUCUUCAUGGGGUGCGUGUACGCCUACACCAUACUGUUGACUCUGAUCGGGCCGGAGCACCUGAAGCGCAAGUUUGACGUCGAGCACGACGAGGAUGCUAGGGAGGUCAUGGGAGAGACGGGCGUCGUGGUCGGUGAUGGUGCGGCAGCGGGGAGCGUCGGGGGAGCAAAGGGGAAGGAGGAGGUUGUCUAG